UGUCUACAAUGUCAUCUUUCCACCUGUCAGCAAAACUUGUGUGAACGGUAUUUAUCUAUCACUUUGAGCUAUGAUAAAAAGGCAUUCUAAAGCUGUGUAAUAUGAUAUCAGCGCCGACCUAGAACACACAAUAUGUUGUGUAUUUUGUUUUGACAAAUUGAUCUAUCUGAUAGGUAACAUGGACUAAAUCAGACUGGGAAGUCAUUCCUCAUGUACUUCACUUGCGCCUCCCCGUCGCUUGUAUUUUUUUUUCUAAAAUCGAGUAUCUUUUCUAUCGCGUCGAUCGACCAAUCAAACGUCGGAUUGUUUGACUCGUGAACUGUCUCGCUUGACUUAAGCGAGGCGCGGCUCCGUCUGUGUGUGCAUAUUGCUGUAGCAAAGAGACUGAGAGACAGUGCACAAAGGAAUAUAUAGCCAUGUCGGAAACGAACGGAAUAAAUGGACACCGACCCGCCGGUCUGCAGUGGAAAGCUGGGCUUGUAAACAGUUCAAACAGAUACAUGACAGCCGAGAAAUUUGGAUUUAAAAUAAAUUCAUCUGGUACUGCAUUAAAAAACAAGCAGAUAUGGAUGUUGGAGCAGGACCUAAACGAGGAAGUGGUAUAUAUUCGUAGUUUUUUAGGACGGUAUGUGUCGUCUGAUAAGUAUGGAAAUGUUAGCUGCGAAGCUGAGCAGCCUGGACCCUCGGAGAAAUUCGCCAUUGAAUACACCAAAGGAACGGGUAAAUGGUUGUUCCGGCAGAUAGAGCAUGGGAAUUAUUUAGGAGCCUGUGGAGAAAAUCUGAAAUGUUUUUCCAUGUCCCCGGGAGAGAAGGAGAGUUGGACAGUGCAGUUAUCCAUCCAUCCGCAGGUACACCUACGUAACGUCAACAGGAAGCGUUACGCUCACCUGAAGGAUGACGAAAUACAGUGCAACGAGGUCGUUCCGUGGGGACAAGACGCGCUUAUUAUCCUAGAGUUUAUUGAGGGAAAAUAUGCCCUGAAAACUUCUGACAAUCGUUACCUACAUAAAGACGGAGGUUUGGUCGAGCAGCUUGACGACUCUAGCAAAUUCACAUUAGAAAUUAAAUCUGGUCAGAUCUCGGGACUGGCUUUUAAGGAUAACGACGGUCGUUAUCUGACCGCUGUGGGUUCCACCGCCUCCAUGAAAGCCCGAAAUAAAACGGUAACAAGAGAUGAAUUGUUCACCAUCGAGGACAGCCACCCCCAGGUUGUCGUAAUUGCUCACAAUGGAAAACUCGCCUCAAUUAGACAAGGUAUUGACGUCACAGCCAACCAGGAAGAUGAAACUGACCAGGAGAUAUUUCAGAUGGAGUACAACCGUGAUGCGCAUGCCUGGGCCUUUAGAACAAUCCACGAUAAAUACUGGUCGUUGGAUGCGGCCAGUGCGGGCAUCCAGGCCAAAUCAGCCUCAGUAUCUCCCAAUUCUUUGUUCGGGUUGGAAUGGCAAGGUGACGGAACGGUCGCCAUCAAGGCUAGUAACAAAUCUUACACUUUCAACAAAGCCACCGGAAGUCUUGUUGCAGCAUCCGACACAAUCGGGGAGAAGGAAAAGUUCAAAAUUAAAAUUGUCAACCGACCUCUUCUGGUCCUUAAGUGUGAGUUUGGAUUCGUUGGGGUCAAGACUAAAUCAGAGGAAUGUUGCUGUAAUAGAGUAACUUAUGAUUUCAUUCAACUGCAAGGAAGUAAGGAUGGAACAUACACAUUUAAAGCGUCUAACGGGAAGUUCUGGAGUGUGGCGGAUAACGAUUUGGUGAUGCUGGAUGGAGACGGCCCUACACCAUUUAUUGUGGAAUUUAUGGGAAAUUCUAAGAUGACAAUCAAAGCACCGAAUGGAAACCUUCUGAAAACGGAACAAAAUGGACUCUUCAAGGCCACCGGAACGGAAGUUAAUGCCAACACAUUGCUGGAAUUCUAAGUCUGGGGAAAGGAUACCAGAUUACAUUUACAAUGGGGACCAGCUCAUCCAAGCUUGGACAGUGAUAAACUGUAACUUGUUGAGUGUAAUCACAAUUAAUGUUAUUCUUAACAUGUAUCAUGUCAUCAUUAUCAGAAGUGUUCCUAGAUGUAUCCAGCUAUCGAUUAACACACUAACCAGUGUAAUCUGUUUCCAGGAGACAACGAACCACUGGAUCAUUAUAUGCAGACUGUCUGAUGCAAAAUUUGAAAUCCGAGACAUGACUUGUUGAAAGGUGUGACGCAGUCUCUGUUUCAAUAUAUUUGAUCGUGCCUGUGUACCUGGUAUAUUGUUAUAACUGCAUUCAAGACUUGACUGUUCAAAGUUCUCUUCUAAACGCUGAUAAAAUAUUUUUGCAUGGCUUCUAUUAGACUAAAUGCAUUUCAUCGACAUAAAAUGAUAUUAAAGUUCCCUUCAUGUUUUGUAUGUAAUGAA